AUGGGAAAAGUAAAGUAAAUUGACAACAAUAAAGCACCUGAUUAAAAGAAAAAAAUUACAAAGACCAACUCAUUUGGUAAAUAUGCUAGCAAUAAAUAAGUUAGUAAAGAAACCAAACUGUAUGCUAAUAAAAGCUUAUUCGAUGCAACUCUCACUGCUGAAAAAAAAGUAAACUAGUUCAAAGACUCUAGACUUAUUGAAAUGAGAAAGUAAUAAAAGCAAUCUACUCCAGAUGGUAGAUUAUCUGCAAUUUUAAUGAAGGGAGCUUAGAAAAAGAAAAAAUUUGAUUUGGAUUCUGAUGGCGAAAACGAAGAUGCCCCUUUAAAGUUGACUCAUAAGGGAAAGGAAAUAGAAGAAUUAGAUGAUUUCAAAGACUAAAUAGACUUUUCUGAUGCUGAAGAUAAUAUUCCUGCUGAAAUAGUUGAUAAACUCAACUUUGCAGGCUUUGAAAAAUAAUCUGAAUAAGUUGACCCCUCAAAUCCAUAAAAGAAGAAGUCAAAAAAAGAAAUUUACGAAGAAAUUAUAAAAAAAUCUAAGUAAGCUAAAUAUGAAAGAUAAAAAUAAAGAGAAGAUGAUAAAACUUUACUUUAAGAUGUUAACGAUGGAUAUGAUGAUAUUAGAGAUUUGCUUUAAUUCAGAGGGUAUAUUUUAUUUAAUAAGUGUAUAUUUAUUAAUUUUGUUCUAAUUUAUAAUAGAAAUUACAAGGCAGACGAAUACCUUGAUGUUGAUGAAUUUGAUAAGUUAACAAAAGAACUUUAAACUGAUAUUAAAACCUAAGCUAAUACCGUCAUUAAGAAAGUAGAAGAUAAAAAAGAAAAGAAGUUACAAGAAAAAAGAAGAAAAUAAUUAAAAGGUAUUAUGAGCAGUGACGGUGAAGAAGAUUAAGAUUUAAACAAUGACGAUGAAUUAUAAUCUAAGACAAGAAGAGAGCUUGGUAUUCUUAAGCAUAUGAGAAAAGUAGAAAACCUUAACAAAUUCAUUGAUUAAAUUAAGCAAGUCAAGCAAAAAUCAAAGAAAGGUAAAGAAGGUGAUGAAGAAAAUGAUGAAGAGUAUGAUUCUUUAGACGAAAUCGACUUAGAUGAAUAAUAAGAAGAAUACUCUGAAGAAGAUUCUGAUGGAGACGAUGAAGAUGAUGACGUUGAACAUUUAGAGCUUGAAGAUGAAUACGAAAGCAAUGAAGAAGAAGAAUAACCAUAAAAGCAAAAAUCCAAAUCAAAUACAAAGAACAAUAAAUAAAAAACUAGUAAAAUUUAAUAAGAAAGCGAAGAAGAUGAUGAGGAAGAUGAUGAUGAAGAUCUUGAAGAAGAAGAAGGUGAUGAAGAUGAAGAAUUAGAUAGUGAUGAGUUUGAUAAUGAAAGCGACUGA